AUGCCUCCAAUGUCAGCACGCUGUUGCCGUCGUCGCGUGUCUCUCGGCGCUCUGCUGGCUUACUUCCGUACAUACCUUCUGGAUUACGUGGACAGCGUUACAUGGCCUCACACAUCCUGCACGAAAGUUUGCUGGUGGAAUGACCGACUCGGCGCCGGAUCGGGGCCGGAUGAAUUUUGGGUACCUCGCCAACUUAGCCGCGCCGGGCCCGGGCUGAACGGGCGUGAGGGAAAUUACACGGAGGGUCCGGAGUACAUGGCAGAACAGGCUUCGGUGUGGUGUUACCACGCAGCAGCACAUUCUUCCCUGAUCUGCGGUAGAUUGCGCUUCCUGGUAACCGGCCUCUUCCGGCUCUUUUUCGAGCCGUUUCGUCAACACAGAAUAACGCCACUACUUAUUCCGUACUCCGUAUUCCCUACAGUAGCCGUUGCAGCUGUUGGCACUCCAAGCUGGGAAUCCGGACUCUCGCAAUUUUGCGGUUUCUUGCGCUUCCCGCUGCCCGCUUCUCCGAGGAAGAUGCGCAAGUGGCAUGCUUGUUCGCUUGUUAUUACGCCAUUACCUGAUCUUGAUUCCAACGCAAAGGAGGUUGAAUUAAGUGGCGCAAAACCUCGGCCCCUGCGAAUCAAGAGGUCCGGUAGGCAAUACCGGACGGGACGCCUUUGUCUUGUUCUCGAGGAUCGCUACUACAGUCCGGAGUCUUUCGGAAUCCAUGUAUGGACGGAGUGUGCAUCAUUGACAAAUGCCAGCGACACCAGGGCGUGA